AACAAAAAGGCAUUAGAAAAAGAAAAAAAGAAAGAAAGAAAACAAAAGGAAAGAAACCACACCCCCCUUAGAAAUCUCUCCCUCUUUCCUAGGUCCCAAACACCAAAAUCCGAACCCUAAUCCAAGGCUUUUUCUUUCUCUCUCUCUCUCUUUCUUUUCCUUUGUAAUUUCCCCAAUCGGAUGUUCUAAUCACACAAUUUUCUUCGCGGAUCUGGGUUUCGUGAGAGAUUUAAUGCAGUUGGAUGUUUGCCAGGGAUGUUUGAUGGAUGAUGAUAAUACAGAACGAUAAAAUGUCUGCUCCUUCUUCAAGGGAGCGUGCUCAACAGCUGUAUGACAAGAUAAAUGAGUUGGAGAAUCGGCGUCGAAGGUCUGCUCAGGCCCGAGUUCCAUCAGAUCCCAAUGCAUGGCAGCAGAUCCGUGAAAAUUACGAGGCAAUAAUUCUUGAGGAUCAUGCUUUUUCUGAGCAGCACAAUAUUGAAUAUGCUUUGUGGCAGUUGCAUUACAGGAGGAUUGAGGAACUAAGAGCACAUUUCAACGCUGCUCGUUCUUCUGGUUCAAACCCAUCGCAGAGUGUGAAGGGCCCUACACGGCCUGAUCGACUUACAAAAAUAAAACUGCAGUUUAAAACCUUUCUUUCAGAAGCAAGUGGGUUUUACCAUGAUUUAAUAGUGAAAAUCCGAGCAAAGUAUGGGCUUCCUCUGGGUUAUUUCUCUGAGAAUUCAGAUAACCAAAAUGUCACGGAGAAGGAUGGAAAAAGAUCUGCUGAAGUAAAAGGUUUGAUAUCAUGCCAUCGUUGUUUGAUAUACUUGGGCGACCUUGCACGCUACAAAGGAUUGUAUGGGGAGGGUGACUCCAAGACUCGUGAGUUUGCUGCAGCUAGCUUCAAGUACUUGCAAGCUGCAUCACUUUGGCCAUCAAGUGGGAAUCCUCAUCAUCAGCUUGCUAUAUUGGCUUCUUAUUCGGGCGAUGAGUUGGUAGCUGUUUAUCGAUAUUUUCGUAGUUUGGCAGUGGAUAGUCCUUUCCUUACUGCGAGAGACAACUUGGUUGUUGCAUUUGAAAAGAAUCGUGUUACCUACUCUCAAAUAUCUGGGGAAGUCCCUGGGUUCAAGGAGUCGCCUGGGAAAUCAACUGGAAAAACAAGAGGGAAAGGUGAAGGGAAAUCUGUAUCCAAAGAUGCUAUUACUGAAGCCAGCCUUGUCAAGGAAGGAGUGUCUGGCAUUCAGGAAAGAUAUAAAGCAUUUUGCCUUUCAUUUGUUCGUCUAAAUGGCAUUCUUUUCACGCGCACAAGCUUGGAAAUAUUUGAGGAAGUUCUAUCUUUGGUAAGCAGUGGCUUGCAUAAGUUGCUAUCUUCUGGGGCAGAAGAGGAGCCAACUUUUGGUGCAGAUGCCGAUGAGAGUGGACUUGUUAUUGUUAGGAUUGUUUCGAUUCUUAUAUUCUCAGCUCACAUCCAUAGGGAAUCUGAAGGACAGACAUAUGCAGAUAUCCUCCAACGAAACGUUGUUCUUAAGAAUGCAUACACUGCAGUUUUUGAGUUGAUGGGCCACAUAUUAGAAAGAUGUGUGCAGCUGCAUGAUCCUUCUUCAAGUUUCCUCUUACCUGGCAUUUUAAUUUUUGCUGAAUGGUUGGCAUGUUGUCCGGAUGUUGCGGCUGGCAGUGAUGUGGAUGAGAAACAGGCUGCCAUUAGAUCAAGGUUUUGGAACUUCUUUAUAUCUUUCUUGAACAAGCUCUUGUCGGUUGGGUCAACGUUCAUAGGUGAUGAAGAUGAGACUUGCUUUAAUAACAUGAGUAGGUAUGAAGAGGGGAAUACUGAAAACCGGCUGGCAUUGUGGGAGGACUUUGAACUGAGAGGGUUUGUGCCACUUGUUCCAGCACAAACCUUUUUAGAUUUUUCAAGGAAACACUCAUUUGGAAGUGAUGGUCAAAAGGAGAAAAAGGCCCGUAUUGAAAGGGCUCUAGCAGCAGGCAAGGCUCUAGCCAAUGUUGUCAGGGUUGAUCAAAAGGCAAUAUGUUUUGAUUCAAGGGUAAAGAAAUUUGUUAUCGGUGUUGAUUGUCAAAUAUUGGAUGACAUGGUAGCUCUAGAUUCAGGCAUUUCCAAUAAAGAUGAUAUGAUGCAAGAAAAUCAAGCUACUGAGCAAACAACUUUUGGAAUUGUGCAGUCAAAGCAGCAGCUGCUUAUAGAAGGUGACGAGGACGAUGAAGUAAUUGUCUUUAAGCCUGUUGUGGCUGAGAAGCGGUCCGACAUUCUUGGAUCAAAUUGGGCAACCUAUGAGGGCCUGAAGCCUACUCAGAAAGCUUCUGCAGGUGAUUCAACAUAUAGCAGUAGUUCCAUUUCUGCCCCUCUUGACAGUAUUCACCACCAAACUGCUUUUGAUGGUCGUCCCCUACAACCUGUAACUGUUAGCAAUGUUCUCCCCCACUUUUUGCAACCAGUUCAACCUCCUGCUUCAAAGUGGUCAACAGAAGAAGCCUUUCUUGCUGACACCUUGAAAGAUUUGAGGUUCAUGAGGAAUGGGCAUGCAGUAAAAUCUGAUGUGCAAGAUAAUUCUGUUUCACUCUCAGUUCCUAUUCAGCAGUCUGUCAAUGUCACUUCUAGUGGCAUGUUUCACAACCACACAAUAGUUCCAGAUGUUAUUGCAUCAUCUGGAGCAAUCCCUAACAGCUUGCCUGUCAAGACAUCAUCAGCCUUGUCUGCAGGUUUGCGAAAAAAUCCCGUGAGUCGACCCAGCCGGCACCUAGGUCCUCCCCCUGGUUUUGGGCAUGUUCCUACUAAACAAUUAAAUGAAUCCAUUACUGGUCCGGAUAUUGCAAGGGACAGUCCUAUAAUGGAUGAUUAUAGCUGGUUGGAUGGAUAUCAGGUACCAUCUGCAUCAUGGACAAAGAGUUCUGGGCUCAAUAGCAUCAUCAAUUAUCCAACGCAUCCAAACCCCAAUCCUGUCCCUAACAGCAAUUCAUUGUCUGGAACAGUCAACUUUCCUUUCCCUGGGAAACAGGUUCCAAUGGUGCAAUUCCAGUCAGAAAAGCAAAAAGGUUGGCAAGACUACACAAUGCUUGACAGCCUUAAGUUACAGCAUGAACAGCAGCUGCAGCUGCAGCAACAGCAACAAGCCAUAAAUGGUAAUCAGCACUUCAACCCACUGCCUGAGCAGCAUCAGGGACAGUCUCGCUGGACAGGUCGUUAUCUGGUGUGAUUUCCAUACAAUGGUAUAGAUGGUAAGAGUCCUGAGAAUUGUGCUGGAAUUUACUGCAUCCUUUUGCUACCAAGUUCAAACUCCAACUUUGAAGCGUUAUCAAUGUUGAAUUUUGAUGGAGUGUCGGUGGCUUGGCUUCUUGCAGGAACUUGCUAGUACACGGAUUUUGCUGAGCUUUCCUGCUCGGAGGAUGGGAAAUGCCGAAAUCUGAUUCAUGAUGCAGAGGUUCUAAGAUGUAUUAUGCCUUGUCUGGUUACUUGGGGUUGGAUAGAACAUGUUUAAUAAUAUGAUCAUCCGUUGGUUUUGGGGCUGUUGUCUCCAGCAAUUUGGUGGAAUUAAAAUGGUGUUACUCAGUGUUCUACUAAACUCUUGAAUCAGUGUUAACUGUCGAAAUCGCUAUUGCUGUCGUCAGGUGGCAGCAGCUGGUAAUAAGUAAGGCUACUCAGGGUUUUGUGGCAGAAAGCUUUGGGAAGCUGAGUUUGGCAGGUAAGUGGGAAUGGUACUUGGUAUUUAGAAAUGGGUAAUAAUAGUAGCAGCACAGAUUUGGUAAUGACACUGAAAAAGGUACAUUUGGUGAGGAUUUGUGUGGUGUAUGGUCGUUGUCUACCAGUCCCAGUUUAGACUUGUUGUCGUUGUUGGCUUAAGUUUAAUCACCUAGUCGGAUUAUGAUUAUCUAAGACACCUUUCGUCGAGUUGAGGUCCACUCGAACUUGCCGUUAUGAAAUAAUGUUUGAAUCUUGCACUAAAUUUAAUUUCUGUUUUAAGUUGUUUA